AUGUCUCUUCUCAACCCUGUCCUGCUGCCCCCCACAGUGAAGGCCUAUCUGAGCCAAGGGGAGCGCUUCAUCAAAUGGGAUGAUGAAACGACGAUAGCCUCUCCGGUUAUCCUCCGUGUGGAUCCCAAGGGCUACUACUUGUACUGGACAUAUCAGAGUAAGGAGAUGGAGCUUCUGGAUAUCACCAGCAUCCGGGACACCCGCUUUGGGAAGUUUGCCAAGAUGCCCAAGAGCCAGAAGCUCCGGGAAGUCUUCAACAUGAACACCCCCGACAACUUCCUGCUGAAGACGCUCACAGUGGUAUCCGGCCCUGACAUGGUGGACCUCACCUUCCAUAACUUCGUCUCCUACAAGGAGAACGUGGGCAAGGACUGGGCUGAAGAUGUACUGGCUCUGGCCAAGCACCCGCUGACGGCCAACGCCUCCCGCAGCACCUUCCUGGACAAGAUCCUUGUGAAGCUCAAGAUGCAGCUUAACCCUGAGGGGAAGAUUCCCGUGAAGAAUUUUUUCCAGAUGUUCCCUGCUGACCGCAAGCGGGUGGAAGCUGCCCUCAGCGCCUGCCACCUCCCCAAAGGCAAGAACGAUGCCAUCAAUCCCGAGGACUUCCCAGAGUCCGUGUACAAGAGCUUCCUCAUGAGCCUCUGUCCUCGGCCAGAAAUAGAUGAGAUCUUCACUUCCUACCACUCCAAGGCCAAACCGUAUAUGACUAAGGAGCACCUGGCCAAAUUCAUCAACCAGAAACAGCGUGACUCCAGGCUCAAUUCCCUGCUGUUUCCGCCAGCGCGGCCUGACCAGGUGCAGGGCCUCAUCGACAAGUAUGAGCCCAGCGGCAUCAAUGUGCAGCGGGGCCAGCUGUCCCCCGAGGGCAUGGUGUGGUUUCUCUGCGGGCCGGAGAACAGUGUGCUGGCCCAGGACAAGCUGCUGCUGCACCACGACAUGACCCAGCCACUCAACCAUUACUUCAUCAACUCCUCCCACAACACCUACCUGACAGCUGGCCAGUUCUCAGGCCUCUCCUCUGCUGAAAUGUACCGCCAAGUGCUGCUGGCAGGCUGCCGCUGCGUGGAGCUGGACUGCUGGAAGGGGAAGCCCCCCGACGAGGAGCCCAUCAUCACCCACGGUUUCACCAUGACCACAGACAUCUAUUUCAAGGAAGCAAUCGAAGCCAUUGCAGAAAGUGCCUUUAAGACCUCCCCUUAUCCGGUCAUCCUGUCAUUUGAAAACCACGUGGACUCACCCCGCCAACAGGCUAAGAUGGCUGAGUACUGCCGGACGAUGUUUGGGGAUAUGCUGCUCACAGAACCCCUGGAGAAGUUCCCGCUGAAACCUGGCAUCCCUCUGCCCAGCCCUGAGGAUCUCCGAGGCAAGAUCCUAAUAAAGAACAAGAAGAACCAGUUUUCUGGCCCUGCAUCCCCCAGCAAGGAUGGGGAGGCUGAGGGUAGCAGCCCACCCAAUGGCCCUGUGGGUGAGGAUACAGUGUGGGCUGGUGAGGAAGGGGCUGAGUUGGAAGAGGAGGAGGUGGAAGAGGAAGAGGAGGAGUCGGGGAACCUGGAUGAAGAAGAGAUAAAGAAGAUGCAAUCAGAUGAGGGCACAGCAGGCCUGGAGGUGACGGCCUACAAGGAGAUGUCCAGCCUAGUCAAUUACAUCCAGCCCACCAAGUUCAUCUCCUUCGAGUUCUCUGCCCAGAAGAACCGAAGUUAUGUUAUCUCCUCCUUCACGGAGCUCAAGGCUUACGACCUGCUCUCCAAGUCCUCAGUGCAGUUUGUGGACUACAACAAGCGCCAAAUGAGCCGCAUCUACCCCAAGGGUACCCGCAUGGACUCCUCCAACUACAUGCCCCAGAUGUUCUGGAAUGCUGGUUGUCAGAUGGUUGCCCUCAACUUCCAGACGAUGGACCUGCCCAUGCAGCAGAACAUGGCGCUUUUCGAGUUCAACGGGCAGAGUGGCUACCUCCUCAAGCAUGAGUUCAUGCGUCGGUCGGACAAGCAGUUCAAUCCCUUCUCAGUGGACCGCAUCGACGUGGUGGUAGCCACCACCCUUUCCAUUACGGUGAUCUCUGGGCAGUUCCUGUCAGAACGCAGUGUGCGCACCUAUGUGGAAGUGGAGCUGUUUGGCCUUCCAGGGGAUCCCAAGAGGCGCUAUCGCACCAAGCUGUCACCCAGUACCAACUCCAUCAAUCCGGUCUGGAAGGAGGAGCCCUUUGUCUUUGAAAAGAUCUUGAUGCCUGAGCUGGCUUCCCUCAGAGUAGCUGUGAUGGAGGAAGGCAACAAGUUUCUUGGACACCGCAUCAUCCCCAUCAGUGCCCUGAAUUCUGGAUACCACCAUCUCUGUCUGCACAAUGAGAGCAACAUGCCGCUCACCAUGCCUGCGCUCUUUGUCUUCCUGGAGAUGAAGGACUAUGUGCCUGACACCUGGGCAGAUCUCACGGUGGCCCUCGCCAAUCCUAUCAAGUUCUUCAGUGCCCAUGAUAAGAAGGCUGUGAAGCUCAAGGAAGCCAUGGGAGGCCAGCCCGAGGGUCCCUUCCCUCUUGGGAAUCACCCUGCCAGCCAGGUCAACGGGGCAUCGGCUCCAACAAGCAACGGGUCAGCAGCAGCCGGGGUCAAGGCCAGGGAGGAGGCCACGAAAGAAGCUGCGGAACCGCAGACCGCCAGCCUGGAGGAGCUGCGGGAGCUGAAGGGCGUCGUGAAGCUGCAGCGGCGCCAGGAGAAGGAGCUGCGGGAACUGGGGCGGCGCGGCGUGCGGCGCUGGGAGGAGCUGCUGCAGAGGGGCGCGGCGCAGCUGGCCGGGCUCGGGCCGCCGGGCGCGGGGGUCAGCGGCGGGUGCCGGGGCCGCAAGCUCGGCCCGGGCAAGGGAUCCCGCAAAAAGAGGACCCUGCCAGGCGAGGACACCGCCGGGGCGGCGUCGGCCGAAGGCCCCGAGGGCGAGGACGUGCGCCUUCGAGAGAUGAGGGACAGGCUGGAGCUGGAGCUGCUGCAGCUGGGCGAGGAGCAAUGCGAGUGUGUCCUGAAGCUCAAGGAGCAGCACGCGGCCCAGCAAAUGACCAAGAUGAUGGAGCUGGCCAGGGAGAAACAGGCUGCAGAGCGGAAGACCCUCAAGGAGACCUUGGAGACUGACACCAAAGAGAUGAAGAAGAAGCUGGAGGCCAAGAGGCUGGAGCGGAUCCAGGCCAUGAUGAAGGUCACCACAGACAAGAUGGCUCAGGAGAGGUUGAAGAGAGAGAUUAACAACUCCCACAUCCAGGAGGUGGUGCAGGUGAUCAACCAGAUGAAGGAGAACCUGGAGAGGCACCAGGAGAAGUUGGAGGAGAAGCAAGCAGCCUGCCUGGAACAGAUCCAGGAGAUGGAAAAACAGUUCCAGCAGGAGGCGAUGGCAGAGUACGAGGUCAAGAUGAAGGGCCUGGAGAUGGAAGUGAAGGAAUCAGUGAGGACCUGCCUCCAGGCCUGCUUCCCCUCUGAGGAGGAGGACAAGCCUGAGAGACCCUGUGUGGUCUCCAGGGAGCUGUGUGAGCAGGACAUACUCACAGAGCAGGCAGAGACCCAGGAGAGCCACCUCUGA